GAGGAGACACUCCAAGAGGGAGAGUGUGGUUGGUAUCUGAGAGGUUCACCUCGAUACGUGAGAGCUGCGGACCCCGUGUGAAUAUCUGCCAUAUUGCUUUACCGCGGUGUUUGUUUUGGGGUAAAGCCCCGCAGUUCGUUAUCCCAUCCACCAUCAAAGCCUCCAGAACCAUCCCCCCAACAAUUUGCAAUAAAAUCUGUGCAAUUUCUUGCGAGCAAUUGCAAGGAAAAGAGGAAAGACGAUAAUAAAAAGUGCCAGAGGGAGAGGAAGGGGACAGACAGCGCCUUGUGGAUUUUCGUUUCGUGUUAACUCGAGGAGUAUUUGGAUAUGGCCUGCGCCACCCUCAAGAGAUCCCUUGAAUUCGAUCCCGUUCACAGCCAUGGCAGACCCAGCAAACGGAGAAGAUGCGUUCCUAUGUGCGUAUCACCAGGUACAUCGAGCCAAUCACCAAGACAACAGAAUCCAUCGCCAUUCGGUGAAGUUGCUGCUAAAUUGACGCCUGAGAAAAUGGCUGCCAACAUCAGGGAGGAAAUUCGCCGAUUGCACAGACGCAAACAGCUGCACUUCAAUCCACAGGGUGGCAAUGGCAGCAGCGGUGACUCGUCUGAUAUGGAGGGACCAGCGAGUCCAGCUGGAUGUGGUGCUAGCGGAUAUAGCCAGAGUCACAGUGGCAAGGAAAAGCCACUAUUCACGUUCAGACAGGUUGGCCUUAUCUGCGAGCGAAUGCUGAAGGAGCAGGAGACUCAAAUUAGGGAAGAGUAUGAUCAGAUAUUGAACAUGAAGUUGUCGGAGCAAUAUGAUGCUUUUGUUAAGUUUACAUACGAUCAGAUACAGAAGAGAUUUGAAUCGGCAGCUGCCCCAAGUUAUCUGUCCUAAGCUUGGCAUUUUACCUCUAAUGAACGGUGUCUGUGAAGAAUGUUAGAUUUCUACUGCUAAGUGAGAGAAACUUUUGCUUCAAGAGGUAGCCAGCGUCGCCUCACUGAAUACCCCGAAAAAAAAUAUCAAACCAUAAUCGUUGAUAAUCGACUCAACGUCACCUUUGUGAAGAUAAAACAAAACAUUUUGGCAUAAAAGACGGAAGUUAUAGUAAGUAAGUUGCAUAGGCUUGUAGUUAAGGAAAAACCGAAAAAUCAAUAGCGAAGGAAAUUAAAAUAUAAAAAGAACCCACAAUGUAUACUAGAAAACGAAGAUAACUACAAAAAUUUGUACUGAAUGAUGUCAGAAGUGCGCUGGUAUCAGGGAACUAUGUAAAUGUGUGAGGAAGUUCUUACUCUUUCAUUAGAAAAUUUACUCGAGAGAUUUUUCUAAACUUUGCAAUUUUGUUAAAUCCAUCAUUUAUCAUUCAUUAUUUUUUGCACAAUGGAAAAUUUUUCAGACUCGAUUUUUGUAAAAUAACGCAGUCAUCUCUCUUAGAUUUAAUUCAACGCCAUAUAGAGUUUUGCUAGAAAAACGAGAAAAUACAAAAAAAAAGAUAAAUAAUAAAACGUGAAUGGAGUUAAGUAGAAAUUCAAAUAACUGACAGCUUCUUUCUUCCACCCAGUUUAAUCGAAAUUGGAGAAAUUCUCGGCACCGAAUGUCAACAGCUCAGAUUAACUCGAUCCUACCAUGACCUAAACCCCAAAAUCGAUACUUCAUCGAUGAAAAAAUAUCUCCACUCACGUACUCUAGUUGUACAAAGUUUCUAAACCUUUAGAGCAUUAUUGAGACUAGAUGAAUUCACUGUAAAAAUUUUUUUGAUACCUGUAAAACAUUUAAAAAAUUCAUAUUCUUAGCAAUGAUUUGUUCGCAACGCGCACACUCGCCACAAAUCCCAUAAUCUUUCUACGCGACGUUAAUCCCCCGAGGAUGAGGGAGCAAUUAGUUACACCAGUCACUGGACUCAUAUUUCCCCUCAUUUUAAGUCCACUAAUCGCUGAAAUUAACGUCUUGAAUCGGCUGAACAGAUUCAAUGUCAUUUCUUGUAGUCCAUGAAUGCAUUGUGAACAAUAAAAGAAAAGUGAAUAAAAGAAAAAAUGGAGAAGUUUUCCAGAUUUCUGUGCACAGCUCGUUCCCUGGUAGCCAACAGCUCUAAAAGGCGAUUAAACCACUCGCUGAAUUAAAAAAAAAUCAAUAUACUAUGGAUGAAUACAUUUACUGUGCCUAUUCUAGACAUAUUUAUCGAGACACCGCGGUGAAGACGUAACAUUAAUUACCCAUAAGCCCCGAAAUAGUUUGUAAUCCACCAUAAGAAAACACGAUUAUUGUUUUCCGUUGAAUUUAUCCUGUGUAACAUGUCGUAAUAUUUAUUUUUAGUCAAAUUACAUAAAUCCCAAAAUUCGAUAUAAGUAAUUCAAAUAUAUCAUAAAUCUUAUCGAGUGGCACUGUAUUGCCAACGAGCUUAGUUUAAUACAGAUUAUUCAGCCUCAACUUUUGUUCAAUCUUUAUUUUUUUCUAAUUAAAUAUUAAGAAUAUAUCUCA